UUUCUAUACGCAAGUGCGCAACACGACAAAAACACGAACCCUGUAUACUGUCUCCACUGCGUCACACUCGCAGAGCUCAAACCAAAACGAUGCCGUCGUUCGCCACCGUCCUCCGCCGGAAGCUCUCCGGCAAAGCCUUCCAUGUCCGGUUAGUAACAGUAAGAGAUUUCUCGGCCUCUGAGACGCGGAGAGUAGAGAAGAUUCUGAUAGCGAACAGAGGCGAAAUAGCCUGCAGGAUCAUGCGGACCGCCAAGCGACUCGGGAUUCAAACAGUCGCCGUUUACAGCGACGCCGAUAGGCAUUCGCUUCACGUCAAAUCGGCCGACGAGGCCGUGCAUAUUGGACCUCCACCGGCACGGCUCAGCUACCUCAACGCCUCCUCGAUUCUCGACGCCGCCGUUCGUACUGGCGCUCAGGCUAUCCAUCCUGGCUAUGGCUUUCUGUCGGAGAGUGCUGACUUUGCUCAACUUUGUGAAGAUAAAGGUCUUACAUUUAUCGGGCCUCCGGCAUCUGCCAUUCGCGACAUGGGUGAUAAAAGUGCUUCAAAGAGAAUAAUGGGCGCGGCAGGGGUGCCGCUUGUGCCUGGAUAUCAUGGUAACGAUCAAGAUAUUGAUCUAAUGAAGUUAGAAGCUGACAAGAUUGGAUAUCCAAUCUUAAUAAAGCCAACUCAUGGAGGUGGAGGAAAGGGUAUGAGGAUUGUGCAGAGUCCUGAUGAAUUUGUCGAAGCUUUUUUGGGAGCACAACGUGAGGCUGCUGCUUCUUUUGGCAUUAGCACAAUAUUGUUGGAGAAGUAUAUUACACGGCCAAGGCACAUAGAAGUUCAGAUCUUUGGGGACAAACAUGGGAAUGUUCUACAUUUAUAUGAAAGAGAUUGCAGCGUCCAGAGAAGACACCAGAAAAUAAUUGAAGAAGCCCCAGCUCCAAAUGUUUCUAAUGACUUUCGAUCUCACUUGGGUCAAGCUGCUGUAUCUGCUGCCAAGGCAGUUGGUUAUCACAAUGCUGGCACUGUGGAGUUUAUAGUUGAUACAGUCUCAGGCCAAUUUUAUUUCAUGGAGAUGAACACUCGACUUCAGGUUGAGCAUCCUGUGACUGAGAUGAUUGUCGGCCAAGAUCUUGUAGAGUGGCAAAUUCGUGUUGCAAACGGAGAACAUCUUCCUAUUAGUCAGUCACAGAUCCCCUUAUCAGGUCAUGCAUUCGAAGCCCGAAUAUAUGCUGAAAAUGUACCGAAAGGAUUCCUUCCAGCAACUGGAGUCCUUCAUCACUAUCAUCACGUUCCAGUCUCACCAACAGUUAGAGUUGAGACUGGAGUUGAACGUGGAGACACUGUUAGCAUGCAUUAUGAUCCUAUGAUUGCUAAGCUUGUAGUAUGGGGAGAAAAUCGCACUGCAGCAUUGGUGAAAUUGAAGGAUUGUUUGUCAAAGUUUCAGGUUGCAGGUUUACCAACCAACAUCAAUUUUCUGCUAAAACUUGCUAACCAUCAGGCAUUUGAAAAUGGUGAUGUGGAAACCCAUUUUAUUGAACGCUUUAAAGAUGACCUCUUUGUCGACCCUAGUAAUUCACUGCUGGUGGACAAAGUGGCUGGUGCUGCUAGAUUUGGUGCUACACUCGCAGCUGCGUGUCUCAUUGAAAAGGAAAAUUCUGAAUUUAGAGAAAAUCUUCCUGGUAGCAAAGGCAUAAACUCCAUAUGGUAUUCUUCUCCCCCCUUCAGAGUCCAUCAUUGUGCUAGACAUACUAUGGAGCUUGAGUGGGAAAAUGAAUACGAUAGCAGUGGCUCAAAGUUACUGAAGAUUUCAACCACUUAUAAAGAAGAUGGGAGCUAUCUGAUUGAGGCAGAAGAAGAAGAAGACAGUUCCCAAUGUGUGGAGGUCAAAGCAACUUGCAUAGGCAACCACGAUUUCCGAGUUGAAGCUGAUGGUGUAAUCACGGAUGUUUGCUUAGCUGUUUACUCCAAGGAUCAAACCAAGCUCAUUCAUAUAUGGCAUGGGUCACAUCAUCAUCAUUUCAAGCAGAAAAUUGGUCUUGAAUUGUAUGAUGAUGAUGAUCUCGAACAUAAGCCCAGAUUUGAGAAAUCAUCAUACCCUCAGGGCAGUGUUGUUGCGCCCAUGGCUGGGUUGGUGGUCAAGCUUCUGGUCAAGGAUGGGACAAAGGUGGAAGGAGGACAGCCCAUACUAGUUUUAGAGGCAAUGAAGAUGGAGCAUGUUGUAAAGGCACCAUCAGCAGGCUAUGUCCACGGGCUUCAUCUAGCAGCUGGCCAGCAGGUUUCUGAUGGUAGUAUUCUCUUCAGUAUCAAGGAGUAACAAUACAUCAUCAAGUCUAUCGUUUCUGAAAAGUUUCGGCAAGAGCCGUGACCGCACUCCAAAGUUGUGCUCGAGUAGAGUGAGUUAUCGAAACUUUGACACCAUCUCAGUUGUAAGAAACUAAUUCAUAGCCUUGUUUGUAUAUAGUCAUUCAUAUAAUAAAAUCUUACAAAAGAAACCUCAUGUCAACAACAACAACAAUAACAAAGCCUUACCUCACUUAGC